GCUACUCAUUACUUUUAACACUGUCAUGGCAUCGUUUAGAUCAAAACUCAAAAUUUCUGGUGCACUCUUACCACAGAAUUGGAAGUACGUUGCGCAAGGAAACUCUAACGAAUGUUUGAAAAAUAUCACGAGAAAUAUAUGUUUCGGUGGGCGAUCAAAAAAAGGAAAAAAAAUAUCAAAAAAGAAAUCUAUAGAGGACCGUCCUCAGCCGUCUAUCGGUUGUCCAUCGAAAUGUCUCGAUACCGAUUUCGGAAAACCAUUGCCAAAACCAAGAAGACCUUGGUUCAAUUUCUGCAGGAUUAAAGUCCCAAAAAAAGAGAAACCCAGUAACUGUCCGAAAAAAAUAAUACAGCAAUGCCACGAGGAGAGCUUCUGGGAUUAUCUAUUUAAUUUCGAAACCAAACCUCGUCCAGAUCCUUGCACCUGUAGAUUGGCUUAUAUGCAAAAAUCCGUUUGUUUACAACAAGAUCCAAGACUGUGUGAUCCCAGAUACUCCAUGACUAAGGGUGAUGUGCUUCUGUACACCGAAUCCCCAAAACCUGAAUGCUGCACACGACGAGAAGCUCAACCGAAACCGCCGCCAUGCUAUCGGCUACCUAAAGCUCUCACCUGCAAACUUCUUGCGGAAGAAGCUUCAAAACGCGAUAAUGCCGAUAAUGCCAGUUGUCCGAAAUCUACGUUAACUAAUACCACAAAAGUGGGAACUAUGUUUCCGCAGAAAGGUUACAGAAUACCAUUCGAGGAACUUCGACCGCGAGAGAGACGGAAAAAGCCAUUCAGCUGUAAAGAAGGUAUACAUGAAAGGGACGUGUGCCCUCCUCUUCAGAAGAAACGUCAAUUUGGCGGUAAACCUCUAAUUCCUACAUCGCAGUCUCAAGAUACUGAAAUAAAUACCGCUACUCCUUCCGCUCCAAUAUUUCAAACAGAAGAUACUUACGAUCCAAAGGUGCAUAUCAAGAAAUAUUCAAGAUUUGAGCAAUUGCAAAAGCUGACAAAAGCUAAAGCUAGUGGGAAAUGUCCAUGUGAUGCUCCUGAAGACUAAUUUGUCAUCAUCUCGUUGAAGAAUCUCAGUCAAAACAAGCUCUCUGGGUUGCUCGUAAAUUGUUAAGCACUUAUGUUAAUGCAAUGGAAAGUAUAAAAGAGUAAUUGUAAAAAAAAAUAAUAUUUAAUCACGUCUUAAACUGCAAGGAAA